CGGGACAGCAGAGAGAGAGAGGGGGGGCCGUCACUUCCUUCCUUCUCCUCCCAGGUUUUUGGGGGAGUCCUCUCAAAGCCGACACAUGUACAAGGUUGUGGAUUCAAAAAGGGGUACAGUUCCAUGAAUGCUGGCUAACCUUUGGUGCCUCACCCAAGUUGUCGUUCUUCAAUUGAGAGUCUAAGCAGAAUAUUUGGAGCAGUUUUACAGCCAAAACACCAUUCAGAACCUUAUUACUUGAUGAUAUGCAAAGGACAGCCUCUUACUUCUUCACAACUGGACAAAAGUAAACAAGAAAUACUGUUGAAUUUGCAGUGAAAAGUAAAUGCUCAACAGCGACUAAUCUAGCUGCUUUGGUCAUACGUAGGACUUCAAAAUAAAUUUGUUGUGUGGCAAUGGAUCGAACAAAUGCUGCACUGCGCAAACGAAAUCAGUAUAAUAGUCGGAAUGAAACUGAUGUGGAAGAAAAUAGGUCACGAAUUCAGAAAACACUGCUGAGGGACAAGUGUUGCCAGACAGACCACCACCACCAUGGCUGCUGUGAACCAGCAUACACACAGGAGCCAGGAGACCCUCCUUUGUUACAACAACAGCUUCCGACUUCAAAAUCAGGAAUUCAGCAAAUCAUUGAGUGUUUUCGGACAGGAACCACACAACUGAAACACAUUCUACUGAAAGAGGUAGACACCAUCUUUGAAUGCAAACUGUGUCGAAGUCUAUUCAGAGGACUGCCCAAUCUUAUUACGCAUAAGGAGUUUUACUGCUUCCCAAGUCUAAAGAUGGAUGAACAUUUCCCAGAUUCAAGUGAUAAACAGAGUCACGCCAUACGAGAACUUUUGGAAGCAAUUUAUCCUAGGGUUGAUAAGCAAGACUACAUCAUCAAGCUAGAACCCAUUGAAACAAAUCAGAAUGCAGUGUACCAGCAUGUAACUAGACUUGAUGAUCCAGUCGUCAACGUAGAGACAUACAGUCCACAAACCUCCAGUCCAUUACCAAUGCAAGAGUCAGACGUUGAAAAGAUACCAGAGAUUGUACCAGAGGAGGAGUUGGAACUCGUUGGUUCAGUUCCUGCAGAGCUUAUGAAGAAAGAAGUAGCCCAAAGAGUAGAACAAAGCCCAGAAUCCCUCCUUUCAGAGAUGGAGAUCUCCAAUGGUUCCAGUCUUGCACCCCACUUGGUCUGCUGCCUUUGUGCAAAAACGUUCAAUUCCCGGCGUAGUGUACGGCGGCACAUUAGAAAAGUGCAUAAGAAAAAGAUGGAAGAGCUGAAGAAGUACAUUGAAACAAAGAACCGCGCGGGUCACCAGUCCUCCCUCUCUAACACCAGGAAACGGUCCAAGGGCAUCGGUGUGGUCACCGUAGGCAGGAACUGCCCUGUCUGCCACAAGUUCUUUGCCACAAAAGCAAAUGUGCGCAGGCAUUUCGAUGAGGUGCACAGAGGCCUGAGGAGGGACUGCAUUACUCCUGACAUAGCCACCAAACCUGGACAGCCACUUAGCUUGGAAGAACCAUCACCUGAGCAUCUGGUAACUGUCCCACCCCGCAGGCGCAAGUCUUCCUCAAAGGCUGAGUACAACCUGAUAGCAUGCAAGUGCCUUUUAUGCAAGAGAAAGUACAGCUCGCAGGUCAUGCUGAAACGCCACAUGCUAAUUGUACACAAGAUGAAUCUGGGAGAGAGUCUGUCCAAGCCCCCGGAGCAGGGUACAGCUGUGGCACGCUGUUUGGAGGUGACAGAAGCUAGCACCUACUGUACAGGCAACAUGGAGGUCUCGCUGCCUGCUAACAGGCCUUCUCCUCAGGGCGAGACCAAAGGUUCAAGUCAAAUGGGUGAGAAGAAAAUCACCCCAACACUGAAAAGCAAAGUGAAGCAAGAGAAUGACAGCCCAAAGGCUUCAAGUCCAGCUACAGCAGCUGGCAACCCCAAGCCCAGAAAGCCCAAGCUCUCAAUGGGCUUCGACUUCAAGCAGCUUUAUUGUAAGCUGUGCAAACGACAGUUUACUUCCAAGCAGAACCUGACAAAGCACAUCGAGCUGCACACAGAUGGCAACAAUUUCUACGUCAAGUUCUACAAGUGCCCCCUUUGCACCUAUGAAACACGUCGCAAGAGGGAUGUUGUCCGACAUAUAACAGUAGUGCACAAGAAGUCAACCCGCUACCUGGGCAAAAUCACUGCCAAUCUAGAGAGCCGGGCAGUGAAGAAACCGAUCGAAUUUGUCCUGAACAGAGUGCCGAGAAGAGGACCCCAGAGGGACGAAGCCAAGCAGACCAAGAAGCACGAUGGCACUUCUGCCUCGCCUGUCCCAUGCUCUGCCGUCGUUGGCAGGAAAACUGAUGGAGCAGAGCCUAGCACUGAAGUAAAAUUCACCAAACACUUCUCGCUGCACAAGUGCACUAAGUGCGGAAAAGCAUUUGCCAAAAAGACAUACCUGGAGCAUCACAAGAAGACGCAUAAAAACGCAGUUGUAGCAUCGGAAGGAAAUAAAAAUGUUGGCCGCAGCACCCGAUCCAAGGCCCUUCUCUCUGAUACCUCCAGAUGACAUGUUAACAAAUGGACUUUUUGGGAUUCUUGUCGUGUGAAGAUUGAAUUUGGUGGCCAAGACACUGAGAGUCAUUCUGAGUAAAUAGCAGCUGUGAGAAAAUAGGAAACCAAAGCAUCAUGGACAUGAAAUUAGGAGCAAUUGUGAAAUGACAUUUAAAAUGAGAUUAUAAUUGCAUUCAAAUUACCAUGGCCCUUUUUAUGUACCAAAUGUGAAAUGGUACAACGUUCCAGACUGACUCUGCAGCCAAUCUGGUAGAAAUGUACUGUGCUGUCCAGACAUUGAAUGACAAGUUUCUUUCCAACACCUUGGUGGAAAUGUGCUCUGCAGUCAUGAGAGCAGAUAAAACUUACAACUGAUCUACAGAUAUUGUAUGAGAACAGGAACAAGGUUAUCAAAAAUCGUGAUGCAGUUAAAAGUCUGCUACUAUUGUGUUGUAUGUUUGUUAUGAACUGCUGGCAGAUCUCACGUGCUCAGUGUAAGCCAGGGGAACAUUGUUCAGAACAGCAAGGAGCACUACACCAUGCAAUACGCACUGUAUUGUUCUCCUGCAAAGAAUCUGUUCUGCAUAACCUGUCCCAUCCCUUUUAAGGUCGCAUAUUGAACAGGAAAAAGACCAGAAACUGAACUGGGCUAGCCAUAUAUAUAUUGUGGCUAAAAGAGCAGGUCAGAGGCUUGGAAUUCCAUGGUAAUCACCCCCUGA